AUGAGCAAGUUCUUGCAGCAGUUUUCUUCACGUGUAAACUGUUUGAGGCUUUUUAGAACGUUUCCAGUCAUGGUGAGUGAAAUAAUCUAUAUGAAGUAUCAUAAUUUGGUGAUACACUUAGUCGUCUUUUUUGUUAUUUUGAAUAAACUCCAGCAUUCUUGCCAUUAUACUCAUUUGCACCCCCCCGGGUUGAGGAGCAAUGGAAGUAAUUAGAGUUGAAGAAAUUUUUAGGGGUAGUGUAAAUGGAAUUCUCUAGGGUUAAAAAUUUGUUUGGAAAUCUUCAGGGAUAAAUAAAGAAUUCAUGCAAAUUUUAGAGCAAAAAGUAACAUUUCAAGCAAAAAGUAAAUUUUCAGGAAGAAAAGUUGUGGGAAAGAUGGUAUAGCCAAGUCAAAAAGGGGUGUUUACAUGACGCCCUUGCCCCAGCCAACAGUGCUCGUGCAUGCUCUGAUUGUUUGUCACCCACAACAAGUUGACCCGAGCCAAAGUGUUCAUCUGUAGAAAAGUUGGCCUGGGUAGGAGGGUGACCCUUACACUGAGGAAGGGGGGAUGCGGCUACAAUCAGCGACCAAAAUAAGUUGAGACACUAUGCCCAAAAGGGGCUUUCUGACGUUUUACUGUCUUCAAAAGGCGAAAAUAAAGCUUUUCCACCCCCAUACCUCCAUGCAAUGUUGUGACGCUGUUUGAGCUACCUAUAGAGAACAACAAACACCCCAACUUUGAAUGGAGGGGACAGGGAGGGGUGUGGAUUCUUUUGUUCCCUGAAGUUACCCUAUUUGAGUACAAUGUCUCAACAAUUUUGUUGCUGAUUGUUUGCAGGUCACCCUUCUAGCUGAGUCUAAUUUUUGUUUCUCAUGUAAAGGGUUCACUAAUUUUGGAAAGUAAAUGUAUGAAUAGUUGGCUCACUCAGGGUACCAUAGUUUUGGUAGGCGAGUGACCCUUCUACUCUUUACAAGCUUUCUCCAUUAUAAAUAAGGCCUAUUAGGGGUGAAUGUGAUAGCCCAUUUAGAUUACCGUAAAAUUCCGAAAAUAAGCCCCGGGGCUUAUAUUUUUCAAAGACCCUUUUUGAGGGGCUUAUUUUUGGAGGGGCUUAUCUACGGAGGGAAAUUUGCAUUUCAAAAUCGAUUGGGCUAGCCUUAUAACUGGAAGUAAAUUUACCGUUUUUUCUUUGUUUAACUUUGUAUUUGAGGGAAAUUUUCCAAGCACAAGUCCCCGGGGGGCUUAUAUUUGGAGGGGCAAUUUAACAGAGGGUUUUUUUGCGUAACCGGUUUGGGGGGAUCAUAUUUGGAGGGGCUUAUUUUCAGAAUUUUACGGUAUGUGCUGUACUUUUAUUUUUAUAUUCUCAUGAAUACAGGUCAUGUGAUAUUAUUCUAGAAAGCUUAUUAUCUAAAUUAAUUCUUUAAAUCUAAUUUCCGGCUUAGAAAAAUAGCUGUUUCUCUCGAACUUUUUGUCAGUCAUGUGCAUAUGAAUGCUUAGUUUUUGAAAAGACAAAGCGAAAUUCCUUUGAGAACAUCACAUAAACUGUAUCGGGAAACAAACGCGAGUCAGUGUGGAGGAAACUCCCAUGUAAUAAGAGACCAAUCUCAUGGGCUGGUUUUUUUACCCAAAAGUAGACCGCAUUUUAUUUCCAACACAGAAUGAUCAUGGUGUUAUUUUUCCAACCCAAAACAAUACCUGUACAGGUAAAAAUAUUGGCUUUCUGCUCUGAGGACCCUAACAAAGACCAAAAUCUUUAAUUUCUUCCAUAAAGUAAGACAACAAAGUAUACAAGCUACAAUGGUAUUUUGGUGCGAUUUAAUACACACUAACCCAUUGUAGGAGGCGACGUGGUCGAGUGGUUAGGGCACUGAACUUGUGAUUCGGAGGCUCCGAGUUCAAGUCCUACCGUGACCACCAGCUGGAUUUGUUCUUUGAGGUCCCGAGUUCAAAUCCUUGGCCAUGCUUGUAAAAUAGCCAACUGCUUUGCCUCCUACCAGUAGGAGAGGGUAUCGAGAAGAGGGUAUCAUUUUACAUGUAAACUGAUCAAUUGGCUGAAGAUUUUAGUCUAGACUAGGGAAACCAGGAAUUGCCACUCAAGAAUAUAAAAAAAUCACAUCGGUCUUGUUUUGGCUGGACUGUGCUAGUGACCUCAGUUGUUUCUGGAAAAGAGCUAUUCUAGGAUAGGGGGGUUUGGGGAGUUUAGUCUAGUAGAGGGUAGCAAAAUUUACUUGAACUAGCUCUGGUAUCAGCUAAGGGUUCCAUGGUCCUAGCAGCACAUCCCCACCCAAAAAGUCCUAAAGUAGCCUGCUCCCUGGGUCUGAGUCUUUCUAAAUAAAUAGUUACAGUAAUGAAAAAAAAAAAGACCAAAAGGUAAGGUGCAAAUGGGACCUGGAGUCCCAUGCAGGGCACCUCCCAACUAAAUCAGUAAAAAUUUUGAGAAAUGCUUAUUAAACCAUUGUUGCCAGUUGCCUAUUGUAACCAUAAGCCCCUCAAGGUGAGAGCAUAAUUAAAGUAUUAUUAUUAUUAUUAUUAUUAUCAUUAUUACAUUUCAUGCACAAUCUUUGUAUUUCUAAGCAAUCGGCAUACUUAAAGGCUCUCAGGCAUGUUUUGGGGCUUGAGCAUAAAAAAGUUCCCAAGACUCACCUGUGAGUGAGUGUUCUCAAUCGAGCCAGAUGUGAAGGCUAAGUUCCUCCUCACUAACCUCACUUCAGAUAAGUUGUCCUUUUGAAUUUUGAUCUUGACAAGGAGAUAUGUGGCGACAUUUACAACUCUUUAAUUUAAAUUGACAGGCUUCACCUAAGGUUGCCAAAUUUACUGAUGAAGAAAGGGAAACAGAGCUUCAGCCUCUGAAGUCCUCAGGGUGGACUGAUGUCGAGGGCCGUGAUGCCAUUUACAAGGAGUUUAAGUUCAAGAAUUUCAACCAGGCAUUUGGUUUCAUGAGCCGCGUGGCUCUCAUGUCGGAGAAGAUGGAUCAUCACCCAGAGUGGUUUAAUGUGUAUAGCAGGGUUCAAGUGACCCUCUCCACCCAUGACUGUGGGGGGCUGUCGAGCAAGGAUGUCAAACUAGCAAAAUUCAUGGAUAGAGCUGCCAAUUCCAUGUGA